UGUCAGUCUAGGUAAUGUGUCAUGUGCCAUAUGUGUGACUUGUAAAUGUAAGUAAAUACAAUGUUUAUUUUUUAACUUUUUGAAAUUUAUUGAUUGAUCUCGUUUUGUAUUGUACUACUAAAUAAAAAUGUCGUUGAAUGAAAGUGUCCAAGAAGAACUAGAAGUUUUAGAAGCUAUUUUGAUGGAUGAUAUUACCAUAUCCUAUGAUGAGAAGAAUCGCCCAGAGAUAGUAAAAACUACUAUAUUUCCUUCUACUGCUGAUGAAGUGGAUAAACAGUAUGUUUGUGUUACAUUAGAAGUCAACCUUCCUGAAACCUAUCCAGAUUGUGAACCUUCAGUUCAAUUGAAAAAUCCUAGAGGCUUGGAUGAGUCCACAAUCAACAAUAUACAAAAAGCCAUUAAAGACAAAUGUAUGGAAUUUUUAGGGCAACCUGUUAUCUAUGAACUCAUAGAAUUGAUUAGAGAAAGCCUAACUGAGAGCAACUUGCCGACCUGUCAAUGUGCAGUAUGUUUGUAUGGGUUUUCAGAAGGAGAUAUCUUCACUAAAACCACAUGUUUUCACUAUUUUCAUUCCUAUUGUCUGGCAAACCAUCUUGUCAUCACCAAAAGACUCUUUCAAGAAGAACAAGACAAGUUACCUGCCUGGCAAAAGUCUGUCAAAGAAUUUCAGGCAAGCUGUCCAGUUUGCAGAGAAAGCAUAAGCUGUGAUGUAGAAGAACUCAAAUCUGCUCUUCCACCCAAAGAUCUAGAGAGUGCUCAACAUUUCCAAGUCACCAGUGAUCUGAAAAAGUUGCAGGAAGAUAUGAGACAGCUUUUCAUUUAUCAAAAAAACAAGGGGGGAAUCAUUGAUAUUGAGGCUGAAGAAAAUAAGUUGUUACUCAUAACUGCAGGUGAUGGUGAUAGUGUUGAGGUCAGUUGA